AUGACGUCGAUAGACAAAAUCGAAUCCGCCAACAGUGACAUUGAUGAAGAAUUAGCACAGCCUCGCAAGAAGACUUACGCAAGCCCUAUUAAACGUAAAGCUGAACCUCAUGAGAAAAGCUGUCGUUCAGCGUGCAAAAUCGGCAUCUUUGUUCUGUUCAUUGGCAUCGUUGUAACCCUAAUCGUUCUAUCAACUGGCGACCGUCUGCUUGCGUCUACCAUCCGCGAAUCGAUGCAAUCGAGCGGAAACCUCAUCUCCAACUGGUUUGAGCAGCCCUUAAACGACACGGACGCUUUGGGAAAUAUCAUCGUUGAAGAACAGCCACCCGCGUGGGUAGAGAGCUGGAUUACCACUACGACCGUACGUCCAAUCCAGACGCCUUCAACGAAGAAACCGAGUGCUGGUGAAGUCGAACCGUCUGCUGUUCUCACGAAAGACGAUGAUGAUGAAAUGGAAUCCAUCAGUCACUGGAUCAGAUUCAAUGUCACAGACAAACUUCCUUACUCACGCGCGGGCCACUAUUGGACAGGGGGAUUUAGCCUAAAUUCGAAUCCAUCAUUGCUUAAUUACAAAUGGUCUUGGCGGGGUAGACCGGACAGUUCAAAAACAGGUUACAAAAACUUUUGCCCCAAUUACGCCGCAGGCUUCCAAGGACUUUGGGAAACUGCACCCACCCGGAAUUUAAACAUCGUCAUGGAUUUCAGGCGGGGCCACAUCAUGGAACCAACUAUGGGUUGUUGGAGGCUCCAAUUUCCCAUGGCUGACCUAGAAGCACUUGGCCCGGAGCAAAAGGAACUCACCGGUCUGCCCUUUAUCUGCAAAAUGGCAAUCACGAAAUAAUUAAAUAACAGAAAAGAUUGAUACCUCUUUACUGUUUGUAUUAUCUUGUACCGCCUAAGGACUAUGAAUAA